AUGUCCGCGCCUCAGUCCGUCGCCGACUCUGUUUUGGGUUUGACUCAAGCCGAGUUGAUCUUAUUUCGCCAACAACAGCAGGUUCUAGCCCAGCGCAGUCAUGCAAGUGGCAACGCCCAAGACCGUGGCCGCGGCACCAACAGAUCUCAACCAAGUUCAAGAGGCGCAUCCGCCGCCAGCAGCCAAGGUGUCACAGGUCGCAUUAUGCUGGACCCCCACAGUUUGCACAGUCUAUAUGUUCACAUGGAAAAUGUCAUGCGAGGCAUUCAAGAGCGAAUCGGAAGACUCGAGGCCGCCACCGAACAGUCCGUCCAUAGUUCCAACAAUCGUGCAGCUGGUACUGUCCAGGAUGCCGAUGCCCAGAUCCGGAGGAUGAAGCAUAUACUCGCAGAAAUCGAUCGCUGGGAAGACGAAUUUGAGAAGCUGAAACACAUUCGAGAAAAAGUCAGACAACUCAGAAUCAAAGUCGACAACAUGGGCGAUAGACUAGACCGAAGCCACUCAAGUGGUCAUGGUUCGGGCACGCGCCCACGACGUUGA